CGAUCCUCCCACACAAGUUAGUUUACAAUGGGGUUCGACCUGAAAGCCCGCCUCCGCAGCUACUUUGACAAGUCCAACCCACUACUUAGUGCCUUCAAAUGUAUAGCUUUCUCCCAGCUCAUAGGACCUAAACGUAUAGUAUAUUGACAAGGUCUCGCACUCCCCGGCGUCCAGCUAUAUGGACGGUCUACAGAUCCACCGACCAUGAACCGGGGACCUCAGUCCAGCGCCGCGCGUUCGCGCAGUGGUUUAUGGAAGUUUCACCGCACUUCAUCGCCUACGAAGACACGACCUCGCUGCCAGCGCUCGCGGCCGCCGCCCACGGGACCGUCCUCGAGCUGGGGCCCGGAUCCGGCAACCAGCUGCAGCGAUACAAGACCGACCAGAUCACCGCCAUCUACGGCGUGGAGCCCAACGCGGCGUUCCGCGCGGCGCUGACCGCCAGGAUCGCGGCGCUGCAGCUGGACGCCCUGUACGUGCCGGUGUUCUGCGACGUCAUGGACCGCGCGGCCCUUGAGAGGCACGGGCUCGUCGCCGAGAGCGUCGACUGCGUGACCAGCUUCGGCGUGCUGUGCUCCGUCGAGCACCCGGAGCAAGUGGUCGCCCAGCUCUGGCGGCUGUUGAAGCCCGGGGGCGAGUUGGUUGUCUGGGAGCACGCGGCGAGUGCGGACUGGGUUACCUGGGUCGUGCAGAAGAUCUGGAACCUGGUGUGGCCUGUGGCGUUGGAUGGGUGUCGUUUGGAUCGCCCCAUUGCUGAUAUCCUGCUCAAGUCGGCGGAUUGGGAGAUUGUGGAGCUAAGGGAGGAGGGCGAGAAGUGGAGUAUGAUGCCGAGGGUCUCGGGGAUAUUGAGGAAGGUGCAGCGGGGGUGACAUGUUUAUAGAUGGUUGAAGGGCUGGGUGGAAGCGAUUAUAGUCAUGGGGGCUUGUUUUGCCGCUAUAGUCGUGACUACUGCUCAAUGGGAGACGGCGAGGACGAGAUGUGGCAUAGAUAGCCGGCAAAACACGCUGACUCUAG